AAAAAACAUCAAUCGAAGAUAGGAAAGCACCAGAAAAAAAUAAAAUUGAUGCUGGGACAAUCAGAUCUGAAGUAGAAUAUACAGAAAAAUUACUUGAGGAGUAUAAAAUCGAAGAUUUUGAAGUUUUAUAUUCUUUACCAACACUUCCAAAUGUAUUUCUCCUAAAUCAUAUAGCAGAAUCUCAAUACUCACUCUGUAAUCGGGAGCACACUAGUGAUAAUGCAUAUGUAAUUCGAAAUAAGAAAACUUAUUAUUAUUACUGUCAUCGAGCAGAUCAAGAUAUGGCAACAGGUACAAGGAAACUAUCAUUAAAACUUACUUUAAAAAUAUCAAUCUUGGAACGGGAAAACAGUCUUCCACCCCCAGAAAAAAUAGAGCGACCAAGAAUUUCAGAUCUAAAUGAUCACUUU